GUUGAAGACCGUGUGGCCAGAGAGGGGAUAAGGCAGAAUCCCCCUCCCAUCAAUAAGGCCCUUUUGGGGGAGGGAGGUAUGGAAUCCCUGGAAGGCCCAAAUGAUGGAAUAUAAACUUGGAAGGUGCACCAUGGCAGCAGAGCUCCAGGGCUUAGAUGUUCUUUAAAUACUUCUGGAUGGCUUCCAGGGAAUUUCCAGUAUUUGUUCAGAUGAAGGACAACUGAGAUGCACAGCUCCUUAGUAGCUGGGACCCUAAAAUCAAGGUUUUUAAACUCUACAAUGAAAAAUUGUAUGGGUUUCUGAGGUGAGAGUUUGAAUGAAUAUGCUCACUGUUGGCGAGUCUUCAUCAUGACGUCAAUGGAGAAACGCCGCUCAAGCCGAAAGAGUGGUGGACAUCGCAAGCACAGCGAUGGAGGCUUUAGCGACACAUCCAGUGGUGGAUCCUUUCUGGACGAGACCGACCGUGAAGUCCGUAGUCUCACAGACAAAGCCUUCAGGAGUCUCUGCAUUGGCGAUGAGGCAGUUUAUAAUGACUCGGACCUGGGUUCAUCGUCACCGUGCAUCCACAGGGACAGACAGCGGGCCUUCAGUCAAAGUGGAUUGGAAAGAGAGGACAGUGACAGGAAUGAGCUUAAAAAAGAAGCACAUGAGAGCUUCAGCCUGAUGGUGCAGCAGUAUGAACAAGAUUUGAUCCAUGAAGGAAUGUAUGGGGCAGAGAUGAACAGAAAUCCACAGUGGGAUGUCUGUGGAGAGAGGACACAAGGGAGGGUUUCUGCCACAUUUCAACAAUCCUUUAUGGAAAUGACCCAGGAGAACAGGUCUCUUGGAGAAGACCUGUUUGGCUCUUUCACCAAUGGAGCCACCGAUUUGAGUUUGCAGCAUCGAAGAAGCCGUUCCAGAGUUUCUUCACUUAUCAGAGCAUUUAACUCUCAGGAUGGAGCGGUUAUGGAGGAUCAGCUCAGAGAGUGGAAUGAUGAGGCACACUGGAAUAGACCAGGUCUAAUGAACAUGCUUUCACCAUAUCAGCAAAACUUCACCAAUGGUCAUUUACCCAUGGCUGGUCAGUUCCCCUCCCAGGACACCAACCUUUACUCAACUGAAGCAGCUGCAGUGUCUCACAUGAACGCUGCCUCCUCUUUUAUGAGAUUGUCCCACAAUAACCAUAAUAUGAUGACGCAGUUGGACUGUAACAGUAAUUUCUUUAUACACAGUGAAUUCAGUCCUUUCAGAGUAUGGAGAGACCAUAACAGUUGCCAACAAGCAGACGUCUCAAGGUUUAUGCACUGUUCAGAGUUCCCUAAGUGGGACCAAACUCCCAUGUACAAGGAGCUUUCACUGGAACCCCAAAUAGAUGGGAUUAAAAGGCACCACAGGACUAUGAUGGCCCCCGUGGUGCCAGACCAUCUUUUACAAUCCAUUUCAACAUCCACAAGGUUACGGAAAGCUUCUGCUUUGGAGAAGCGCUGUGAGUCUGAACAGGCGGUACAUUAUCCCCACAGAAUUACGACACAGAGUCUUGGAACAAACAGAUUUCCAUCCCAACGACCAUCAAUGACAUCCCCCACCAUAGAGAUGUCUCAGGAAACCAUCAGCUCGGUUAAGGCCCUCCACCAACAGAUUAAAAUAAUGACAGAACACAACACCAAACCAGAGAUGACAGCUGAGAGACAUGGAGCACUUUGUAGCAAUGAUACGCUAUUUGCCGUCACAACAGAGCGAAACGUAGCUAGCCAUAGCACCAGUAUUCUCUCCAAUGAUGGCCAGCUGCUUUCGCCACUGGUUCCUGUGUCCCAAGCAGAGCCACCAGAAAGUACAGAGAAUGCAGUUUCUCCCCAAACUGUGGAACAUCCUCCAGUGCGUGCCGAAAGCAGGGGGGGCACUCCUGAUGUAAGGAUGUCAAGUUAUAAAUCCAGAGCCAGCAGCCUCCUCUUCAAUCUCAAAGACAACAGGAAGAGAGUGAAAAGUACAUACAGUCCUGCCAAAUUUAAGGGCUUUGAGCCACUAGAAAAAAGCAGAGAACUUCCUCUCCAGGAAUCCAAAGAUAUUGUGCUUGAUAUGCCUGAGUAUCUACAAAUAGACAUUCAGGAUUCCAGCUGGACUGAUGCACCUCCACAUCAACAUGUUAAACUCUAUUACAGCCCCAGACCUUUAUCUCCAGGAAUUAAUUCUCAGCCCAAUACAGGGCACAUUUCAGACUACAAGACAGCUCAGAGAAAAGGUGAGACGGUCCAAAUUUCUGGGUACAUACCUGAAAAUUACACCAGCAAUCAUUUGACUACUGGUCAGAAUAUCAGUGAAGACCUGUCAUCAUUUCCUCCCUUUAAGCAGGACGUGGCGGGCAUUCAAGUGGGAGGGGAGGCAUACAGACAUAAAUUAUCUUACAACACCACAGAUAUGCACUGGCCAACGGGUGAAAACAUUCAAAUAAGUGACUAUUUAAAUAGCAAAGGUGCCCAUUUAAAAGAAGCAGAUGUGAGGCAUUCCACUGAGGAAUCUCAACGAAAUCCGAAUAAACAGAAUUAUAGCAAUGUUUCGAAAGAACGGUUCAGACGUCCAAAUACCCCAAACAGUAAACAACUGGCUCUGAAAGCAGUUGUAGCUCCAUGGAAACAAGAGACCUCACCUUUCAAAGAAAAACACCAACAUGCUCAGGCUAACCUACAAGCUAUCACCAUAAAGGAGAUCAGUUCACAAAGAGAUGACCACAAAAAAGAGAGCCAGCAGAACACAAAUCAAGAAGCCAAGAGGACCCCACAGUGUAAUUUGUCUGUACGAAACCCAACAUUUUAUGGACAGGACAGGAUAGAGAAUUAUUUCCAACAAAACAUGUAUGGAAAUGGGAAUAAAGACACAGACAAAACUAUGCACAAUCAAGAAACAAGUCAGAGAAAAGUAUGUGGAGCAUCGUUCAAGGAAGAACAGCCAAAAACAGCUGAACAACGAAAUACAUAUAAUAACCACAACAGUUCAUCAGUCCCUGAGAUGGAAGAAAGGGUCCACCAAGUGAAGUAUGGUCAAUCAGUUGCGGUCAAGGCUGUACAAAAUAGAUCAAAACAAAUACAAUCAGAGCAGAGACAAAUGGAGCAGUCCAAUGUUCAGCAGUGGCAGAAUGGUACAGUUGAAGCAGAACCAGCACGACCAGAAAAGACAGAUGAAACAAUGGCAGACAAGGUCAAACUGGAACAAGCUAAAGCAAAAGAGCAAAGAAAAGAGCAGAUGAGAGGGAAGCAAAAAGAGAGAACCAAUGAGAAACCGUCAAAAGCUCCAACUCAAGUUAGAGAUGAUAAAGAAACAAAUGAUGUAAAAGUACAAGCUGAACAGAUGAGAGGUGUGCAGACUGAACAGGUUCAAGCAGAACAAGCUGAUUUGGAAGGACUAAAAGGCAAACAGAGACAAUUAGAAUCAGUUAAAACUCAGCCAUCUCAAAAAGACAAGAUCACAAUAGAUGAGGUUAAGGCAAAACCGAGAACAAUUGAACAAGAAGGAGAACAGAAAAUGUUAGAGAACGUCAAAACGAAUAAUGUUAAAAGUGACCAAACGUUAGCAAACCAACUAAACAUGGAAAAAGCUCAACUACAAACUAAAACAGAACAUGCUAGUGCAAAAAUGGAAGUACACAGUGAAAAAGACAAACAGAAUGAAAAGAAAGCUGAGAAAGAAUCACAAGUCAAUGCUCAACCUAAAGAAGAGAUACAUGACGCCAAAGAGACAAAUUCUGUUGCCAGAAAAGCAGAGCUGGCUAAGAUGGAGCUAACCAACAUAGAGCUAGCUAAAGUAGUACUAGUAAAACACCAACACAUAAAGGAAAGAUCAUCAAAGCCCACAGAAAUUCUAACAAUACAGCAUCAUGUCAAGAGUGAACCCAGUAAAGUUGAGCGCGUUAAGACAGAGUUAGCCAACGCUAAAGCAGAGCUAGCAAAGAUAAAGGAGAAAAUGAAGGGAGAGCAAACGGAGAAAGUCAGAUAUACAAUUAUCCCAAAGGAGGAAGGUGUUGCAAACAAAGAUGGUUUGGCAGAGGUGACUGUCAUACAACAGACAGCACAAAUACAUCAACCAAAGGACAAUUCAGCUGCUAAAAUAGCAUAUAAUAUAAAUCAAGAAAAACAUGGGGCUGAUUAUUAUCAAAAUCUGAGAGAGAAAUAUGGCUUUAUUAAUUCACUGUCACACAAAAUGUCAUCAGAGACAAACAUUUCUUUAAACGAUGACAAUGUGACGCCAUCAGCUCUGUCACUUGAUAUUUAUACAAAAGUUAAUAACAACAAAUCAAAUGAUGAAUAUCCCACAAACAGUGGUGAAAACAAUAAUAAGAAAGUAAAAUUUAGUAAAGGGAAUGAGAGUCUUUAUAUCUACAGUGAGUCAUCCAAAGAAUUCAAAUUAUCUCAAGCAGACCAUUUACCUCCUUGUGCAGAUAAAAGAGCAACUGGUGACAUAGUUGCUGAUAUUGGAAAGGAUGACAAAGUUACAAAUUUGGAAACAUCUUAUCCUGACUCUCGUUCUGAUGAUGCACAUUUAGAGUCUGUUAGAAAUCCUGAAAGAAAAGAUAAAUCGGAGCAUCUGAAAGUAUUGCCCCAUAAAGAGAAAGCUCAGACAAAACAGGAGAUUCUUACUUCGAAAAUAAAAGCUCAUGCCGAGAAGGAGAUUUCAGCCCUGAUGGAAGGUUUCGCUUUACGAGAGGUCGGUACAUCUAAAACCGUCACCAAACCACUCCCAGCAAGACAGAAUCUUCAUUUAAAACAGAAACCUCUAUUGCAUGAGGUGCUCAGUGGCCAUGAAACCUCAAUAUCCAGUAAUACUACAACUAAACAACAGACCGGAUCAUCAGUAAUGGAAGACAAGGCACUUCGCAGCUCUGAGGGAAUGAGUACUCAAACUGUCAAUCAAUGGCAGAAGCAACUUCCCACAGAACCCAUGAAGAGCAACGACCAGCAACGACCAGAAAAUGCACCCCCAGAGAUGAAAAAGACAGCAGGUUAUUCUGUGAGCACAGAACAGCAACCACAUCAUCAUGAAAUCAGGUCACUAAUAACAAAUAAGGAUCAGGAAUCAAAGUACAGCAAAGAAAAACUGGCGAUAAAGCCUGAUGAAAACUCUGAAAAGGCUGAAAUUGGAAUCAAUUAUGCACAAACCUGAUUCAAUCAU